AUGUUGGAAAUGGCACUAAAUCAUUUGGUUAUUUCUCUGUUAGAAUAUACUUCUACAGUUUACUGCAUGUUAAUGUCGUUGCUCCUAAACCUUCUUUUUCUUCUUUUUCCUCCCUUGUGCAUUGCCUCUCAGCACUGGAAAGCCCUAUUUGAUCAGUUUGAUCCUGACAACACUGGCUACAUCAGCACCGAGAAGUUUCGCUCCCUUCUCCAGAGACACGGAUCAGAGCUGGACCCCCACAAGCUGGAGGUCCUGCUGGCCCUGGCAGACAGCAACUCUGAGGGGAGGAUCUGCUACCAGGACUUCGUCAACCUGAUGAGCAACAAAAGGUCAAAUAGUUUUCGGCAAGCCAUCCUUCAGGGGAACAGGAGGCUGUGCAGCAAGGCGCUACUGGAGGAAACGGGGCUGAGCCUUUCACAGAGGCUGAUCCGGCAUGUUGCAUACGAGACCCUGCCACGAGAGAUAGACCGCAAGUGGUACUACGACAGCUAUACCUGCUGCCCUCCACCCUGGUUCAUGAUUACCAUCACUAUUGUAGAGGUUGCCUUUUUUCUUUACAAUGGAGUGGUGUUAGACAGAUUUGUGCUGCAAGUCACACAUCCCUUGUACCUGAAGAAUGCAUUGCUUUACCAUCCUCAGCUCCGUGCUCAGGCUUGGAGGUACCUAACCUACAUAUUCAUGCAUGCAGGGAUAGAACACCUUGGACUCAAUGUUGUCCUUCAGCUCUUGGUUGGGGUUCCCCUGGAAAUGGUGCAUGGAGCUGCGAGGAUCAGUUUUGUGUACGUUGCUGGAGUUGUGGCAGGGUCCCUGGCAGUGUCAGUAGCUGAUAUGACUGCGCCUGUGGUGGGCUCCUCUGGAGGCGUGUAUGCUCUUGUCUCAGCUCACUUGGCCAAUAUAGUCAUGAACUGGUCAGGAAUGAAGUGCCAAUUCAAACUACUGCGCAUGGCUGUUGCCUUGAUCUGUAUGAGCUUUGAAUUCGGAAGAGCUGUGUGGCUGCGAUUCCACCCUUCUGCUUACCCACCAUGCCCACACCCCAGCUUCAUGGCUCACCUGGGAGGGGUGGUGGUUGGAAUCACCCUUGGUGUCAUCAUCCUGAGGAACUAUGAGCAGAGACUCCAAGAUCAGACUUUAUGGUGGAUUUUCCUUUCUAUUUAUGUCAUUUUUGUCUUGUUUGCCAUCUUCUGGAAUAUUUUUGCCUACAGCCUGUUGGAUCUAAAGCUACCUCCCCCUCCCUGAAAACAUGGGACAGAAAUCGCGAGAGCGGAAGUCAUCUGUCAUCUAUGUUAAAUGAACGAAGAUGGAGGAUCUAUUUUUAUAUUUUACUUAGGGGAGGAUGAUUCUUUUGAACACAAGUGCGUGCUGGAGGAGAUGCUUGAAGAUCUCAUGAAGGAAUGGGCUGAUCAGUUUGUUCACAGCUCCAGCAGUACUGUAAUACUGGCUGGCCUGGGCCCUGCAGUUUCUCCACUGCCAGGGCUCCCAUUGGGCAGCUUGUACCUGGGCACUUAUCACUUGGUUUGUUAGCACACAUCAAUAUUUCGUAUGAGAUAUUUGUAUUUUCCAGGUCAGUGCUGGAAUUACGGCCAGUUGUUGAAUGAAUCUCCUCAGUGUUGCUGAACACUAAAAGGGAAAAAGAGUAGACUCACGUGGUACUUGCAAGGCAGCUUGUGUUUGAUUUCUGCAGAUGCAUCCGACUGUUCAGCCGUACCAGUGCCGCUGUCUAAUUACUUGAAUGGUUCCUAAGAUAUUUUAGCCUACAGUGACACCUGUCCUGUGCACCUUUCAAAGGAAUCAGCAGAACUUGAUCACCCAAAGUGAUGGAGACUGGUCUUCAACUACAGGUCAAACGAAAUUGCACUAUAAACCUUGGGAACCCUUAGGGUGUUGUGGACACCCAGCCAGUGGUGACUUUUACUGUGCAUGUUUCACUUGAUUUUAAUAUUUUUUUCCCACCAGCCUGCUGUGGCUAGAGAGUGUGACUGGGGUUUCCUUUUUGAGGGAUGAAGGAAAGGAGGGCAAAUGUUCAAUUGUGUUUUUAUCAGCUGACAAUCAGGUGCUGUUUUCUUCUCACUUUAUUUCUGGCCACAUUGAUCUAACACCUGGCCUGCAGUGAGCUCCUACCAAGGAUAUCAAUUCUUCCAGCAGGUUCUUACUAGAAAAGUGGGACCAGGAUCACCUAUAGCAGCGCAGGGUGGGAACUAUCUAGUCUUUACAGCCAUACAGUCCGUUUGGGGCCAAAUCUGUCCACUGAAGCCAGUGGAGUUAAAUCAGGUUGUAUGUAGCACGGGUUUCCCACUGAAGUGGAAAGAGUGUUACAGUGAUCAUUGUGAAACUGAUGAAACUGGCUUUAAAAUGACUGCUAAAUUUUGAGGAUGCCCCUUCCUGAGGCAAUGGACGUUCAGGGGCUCCAAGCAACAGUUAGUUGCAAUGAUGCCUUUUUCUUUAAUGUUGGUCAGUCACCCCCAGGUUUUGGCAAUCUGGAACUGGUCUGUACAACAGUCCGUACAGCUGCCUGCACCGACCUGGGGACCAGACUGGAACAUCUGUAGCACAAGCAGCGCUUAUAGGUACACUUCUCUGUAAGGUGCUUAUGUUAUUUUGCUUCUCACUUUAGAGAGCUGCCAAACUACAGUCCAGGAAUGUGGAUGCCCUCCUUUUCUCUUCCCUUUACCCGCCUAGCAUGGUGGCCUGGAUAAAGCAGCCAUAGCGGUCUCUCUAGACUAGCUCCUUUCUUCCUUUUUUCUAUUGGCAUACUGGUGCCCAGGCACCAGCCACCAGAGCCUUCCACAGCACAUCUCACGGGCACUGUAGCAGUUGGGUUUGCUCUGUAGCAAAAUGUCUCUGUAUCGUGGGCUUUAUUUUUUCAGCUGUGUAAUCAGUGCUGCCAGAUGACACCACAAGCUGGUAGGAGUUUGUCUUUCGAGAGGGGACAUUCACAAGUGCUUAUCAGCUGCCCCUUUCUUUGCCUCUUACGGGGAGAAAUCUCUCUGGAAGGGUGAAGUUCUGCUCCCUCAGUAUGCGCCAGUAAAACUCCUGUUGCCUCGGGGAAGGGGAGGAGGGAGAAAAUAAGUGUUUUCACAGCCUGGAAUAAGCCUUACCUGCAAAAGAAACAAUUUUUGCCACCUUUGUGCACAGGAAUGGGAUUUCUGCGCUGCACCUUUGUCGUCGUGCAUGGCUAGUACAUUGCUCAUGGGCCCUCAGAUCGAGGAACAAGAGGAAGGGAUAAAGGUCAGAGCUCUGUUCAUUUUGGAGAAAGGGAAUUGUUUCCCGUGCCAUUUUACCUCUGCUGUUUGGGUCCAGAUCAAAGCAGUCAUGAGAGUUUACCUGCAUCGUCUCAGGUGCUGGCCAGGUGAGUUUUGUAGCCGUGGAGAUCAUCUCCCUGGGAAGCAGCAGGAGAGCAGGGAGCUAGGAGAACACUGGCAGAAGCAUGGCUAACACGUAAGGAGGACAUUCUGAUGGUCACCUAUUGCUAAGCCUUUCUGAUUACAGAUGCCUUUAAACCAGAGGUGAGCAGAAAUGGGAGUUCCUCUGGAAGUUUUAGGAAAACUUUGAAAAUUUUGUUAGAAGUUUUCUAUCACAACAAACCCCAGAUUGUUUUGCCUAUAACUUACUGGAGUACAGUAUGCACCGAUUGACUUUUAUUUUUGGUUUCUCAGCUGAAAGCUAUUUAAUGGCAUCAGUUUCUCCACAAGGAAUGUUUCUGUGCCUGACAGUGUUGUGCUCUGGGGUGAAGCAGAAAGCGAGAAGUUCAAGGGUCACCAAUUUCUUCAUCAGCCUGACCCUGGCCAACAUAUCUCUGCCUCUGCUCAGGAGUAGUAGGGAGCUGAACAGAUUAGUCCAGGCACCCUUCUUUCGUCCUUUAUCCAUAGAUGAACAUAGGUCACAGGAACUGGUUGAAAACAGCUCUGAGGUUGAGCUUAUGACUUGUUCUUUUAAACUGUUGUUCAUCUUUCAGACUUCCAUGCUGUGUCCCCAUACCCUGUCUGAGCAAGUUUACAAGCAGACCUGGGGAUCAGAAAAGCCAGACUUUAAACCAGUACUUGAUUUAUUGUGGGUGAAUAAAUUAAACCCUCUCACAUUCCGGCUCAUCAGAGCUGAAAUCUCUCCCCGUACAUAGAGCAGGUUGUACACGGAGCCUGUUGUCUGCUAAGAAUCUUAUCAGCUCAUGGAGUCAGGAGCAGUGCAAAGUGCUUAAGCUUUUAUAAUUCUUUUUUAUCACUAAAAUUAUACUGUGAAAACUUAUAUUUUUACAGAGUAUCAGGAAACCCAGUUACUUUGUUUUGUAGUGCACCCAGGAGUGCCACAGUGCUGCAGCACCAGAGAGCUAAUAGCAAACAGGCUUUUCUUUUACCUCCAGAUGUCCUUGAAGCUGCUGGUUUAUGUGGGAGAUGAAAUAUUCUCCAUCCUGCUCAUUUUUGGUUCCAACUUGUCACAGUCAGCAACGUGUUCCUGAAAGAGCCUCCACUGAGGGACUGUUUUUGGUGAUUGUUUUGGUUUUAUUUCAGCUGCCGCCAGGAUUUUACGUCAGUCAGAUAAAAUGUGUGAGUCUAUUGAACCUUACGGAUGUGCAGUGCCAGAGCAAAAGGCAAGGACUGUUACCAAUGUACAGAUUUGAACCGUGCGCAUUAGGAGAAGUUAUUUUUUGCUUGUGUCCUUGAGAGAGGACACAACACCUGCAAAAAAAGAAGCUGCUUCUGUGCUGGACUUCCCACUUAGUAAGUAUAUUGCAGCACUGGCCCAGUGAGUAUGGGUGUAGGGAGCAGUAAUACAGACUGGGAGGGCCUGGGGUGCCGGUUGUAGAGCUCCUUCAGAGACAGCACGGUGACAGCACCGAUGGGGUCUGGCUCUGAGCCUCUUGCUGAUCCCUCAUCCCAGAGAAGUGGCUCAGAUGGCCGUAGGGAGGAAGAGGGAGGAGGAGGAGAAGCAGGUAGAUCAAAGUCCACAGGGCUUGCAAAAUGCACCAUUUAUUCCUAGAUGCUUGGAGGCAGGUCGAGAUGAACUUUGCACGCAUCGGUACUAAUAUAGGAAUGAGGAGGGGGAGGGUUGUGAUGGAGUGAUGGGAGAGGAGGUUACCGGGAACAGCCUCUGAGUGAGGUGUAGAGGAGUCAUAAAAAUGCCAAUGAAUUUACUUUUACUGAGUUCUUAAGACAACAUCUCAUGCCACUUUUUCCCCAUCAGUCGAUGAGGAAUCUUGGUACUCGCAUGGCAUAUUGUCAUUCUUCAGUACUUGCUUUCCAGUAGGAAGUAUUUUAUCGAUGGGGAAGGGACAAAUUAUUGUUGUCUGAGGUUGCUGGACUAGAAAUGAAGUUCAGGGAUUCUGUGUCCCAAGACCUUGCUCCUUCUGAUGGAUUGUACUGCCCAUAUGUUUCAAAUCAGAUUAGAUCAAUUUGAACUGGGGUACGGAGGAUGGAAUCUGACGCGCUUAGAGCUGCUAAAAUAACAGCUAUCUGCUGACCUCACAAGGCAGCUGCUGUUUUGUGCCAAUAUUUAGUCUCACAGGAUCGUGGGUAGGACUGUCACACGUACUUCAGUGAGUAAAGAGCUCAAAAAUCUGUUUACAUAGAUUCAAGCUCAGCUCAAUUGCUUUGGAAACCCCAUUCACUGGCUUUACCCAAAGUGGAACUGGAGAAUAUGGAUGGGAUGCAGUUCAGCACCAGCAACCUCUGGGGGCAAACUGGGAUGUAGAGAACGAAGGCCAGCACCUCUGGGGUUUGAACCUCUCUGAACAUUGCUGCUGUUCUGUUUCUUUUAUAGUAGUGGCUGCUCCACAGGGCUCUGUGAUGUGACUCAAAAAAUCCCUUCUGCAAUCACUGAUGCUGAGAGCUGGUUAUAAAGGAAAACAGUGCGUUUUGCAGCCCUAUAAAGAAAGAAUCACACAUAAGACAGAAACCAAGCUUGUUUAAAGGUAAAUGUAUUUUUAAUGUCGUCAUUAAUAAUUGGCUUUUAAUUGGAAAAAGCUUUCUAAUGAGGUAUUUCUGAAAUGCCGGUAGUAGUACAGAAGACUUAUGUUUCAGGGUACUUCCGCACACAGACCACAAAACAUUCACUAGGCCUGAUUUAAGUAGCAAAAAUACCUUAAUUUCCAGAAAGCUUAAUAGCUAGGUUAGUCACUGACUGUCUCCUGACUCCCCCACAGUGUCUGUUUAGUUUGAAAAUAAGGCUAGAUUUAUGUAGCUUUUCUUUUGCUUACACUGCUGAUGCUAACAACAGAUCCCAGUGUUAAACACAAAGCACUAAACGAUGUAAUCUUCUGCCUUAAAAUACUGAACAAAUCAUACUUUCCCGUUAAGGGCUAGUAAAACAAAAUGAUAUUUGCAAGGUAAGAUGCUAUCGUAUGUUUCCAAAUAUUUUUGUAUUGUGUACAUUCUGUAUAUUUUUGUUGUAACAAUAUUAUUUGAGCGCAGAAACCAUUAAAUUUUUUUUGUUGGUGGGUUUUUGUGUUUUCUGGUUUUGGUGGGUUUUUUUACUAAAAUUGAGCUGUUCUACAUCACAACAUGCCAAAAAACAACAAAGAAAAUCUUUCAAAGACAGUUUUGUAAGUUUAUCUACGGUUAAAGCAGUAUUUAGCAAAAGAGCAAUUGGGUUUGAGCUCUGCAAUGUGAUCUUUUAAUAAUGAUAUUGAUAACUCAUUUUUAUAUCAGUCUAAAAGAUAAAGGGGAAAGCGAACGGCUGCGUUAUCUCUCUGUGAGGAAUAACAAGGAUG